GACCUGGGGCUGACCCGACCCCUGGGUCCAGUCCGGAGCCAGGAUCCCGGCCGAGAGCCGGAGUCGACAUGAGUUCCUUUCUGGCUCCCGCCACCACCACACUAUUCGACCGAUACUCCCUGCAAGCAAGGUCCCGGCCGGGAGUCGAUCCCAGUCAGGAACCAGGACCCAUUUGUAACCGUCAGUGAGAUCUGAAUCGGGACUCUGGAACGAAAAUCUGUCAGCCCAAGCCCUGGAUCUCAGCUGGGACUAAACAGGAAUAGGGUGGGAUGGGAUGAGAACAGACCCGAAUGCAGAGCCUACAGCCCGACCCAGCAGCCCGCUAUCGCAAUGUGUUGGAGGCCCUCUGGAGGAUUAUAAGAACGGAGGGCCUGUGGAGGCCCAUGCGGGGGCUGAAUGUCACAGCAACAGGCGCAGGGCCUGCCCAUGCCCUCUAUUUUGCCUGCUACGAAAAGUUAAAAAAGACAUUGAGUGAUAUAAUCCAUCCUGGGGGCAAUAGCCAUAUUGCCAAUGGUGCGGCUGGGUGUGUAGCAACAUUACUUCAUGAUGCAGCCAUGAAUCCAGCUGAAGUGGUCAAGCAAAGGAUGCAGAUGUACAACUCACCUUACCACCGGGUGACAGACUGUGUGCGGGCAGUGUGGCAAAAUGAAGGGGCCGGGGCCUUUUACCGCAGCUACACCACCCAGCUGACCAUGAACGUUCCCUUCCAAGCCAUUCACUUCAUGACCUAUGAGUUCCUGCAGGAGCACUUUAACCCCCAGAGACGGUACAACCCCAGCUCCCACGUCCUCUCCGGAGCCUGUGCAGGAGCUGUAGCUGCAGCUGUCACAACCCCACUGGACGUUUGCAAAACACUGCUCAACACCCAGGAAUCUCUGGCUUUGAACUCAAACUUCACAGGACAUAUUACAGGCAUGGCUAGUGCCUUCAGGACGGUAUAUCAAGUAGGUGGGGUGACUGCCUACUUCCGAGGGGUACAAGCUAGAGUAAUUUACCAGAUCCCCUCCACAGCCAUUGCAUGGUCUGUGUAUGAGUUCUUCAAAUACCUAAUCACUAAACGGCAAGAAGAGUGGAGGGCAGGCAAGUAAAGCAGCACUGAAUGAAGCCAGGGGUUCAGACAACACUGCUGCGCCCCACCCACUCCAGCCACAUUCUCUCUCCUGGCAUGCUCCAGCCUUGAGUGGAGUUGGAAGGAAGGUAGAAGGCUCUCCCCAGGCUACUGUUGUUUUGGCUAACAGUUUACUGCCAACCUCCGUUGCCGCCACCUUUCCUUCCAGGCCCUAAGCAAGUGCAGCAAAGCACACCACAGCACCUUGGAUAACCUCUCCAUCCUAGGCCUGGUGACCUGCUCUCGACUGUUAUAGAGGGAUAAGCAGUUCAAUCCCCUAGUUCCUAAUAAAAAGCCUUUAAAUUAAA